GAGCUGGCAGGGAGUCACCACAUACCAGUGAGAGCCCGUUCCAGUGCCAUGCAGGAGAUGCAAUCCCUGUCUUUGCUGGGGCAGGGCUGUCAGCCCAGCAGAAAAGGCUCCGCGUUCUGGGAGGUGGCACCUUCUGUUCAUAUUUUGCUCUGUCAAAUCUCACAUAAAUCCUCACUGAGGUGCUGAUUCCCAGCACAGCUGCUCGCCAUAUCAGUCCCUUUUGCUGUCAGUGCUGCCCUUGCCAGUGAUUCCAGUUUGGUCUUGACUCUCUGGUUCUCCCUAGGUGGGACACCUCCAGCCUGGCUGUGCCAAGAAUAUCAGAGUGACCUUGAAGUCCAAGGUCCCGGUCACCGUCAAAAGGCACUCUGUGAACUGUAAGGUGGCCAAGAUCAAAUACCAGCUGCCACCAGAGGAGGUUUGCGACUGGGACGACAGAAUGCGCACUGAGAAGUGGGAGGAUACCACCGAGAGACUCCCGGGAGCCCGCUGGCCUUUGAAGCGGAGGGUGGUCAAGGCAGUCCCGGAACCACCUCACACCGUCCUGGAGAGGAGCAGCCACGAGGUCGAGCUUUUCCUCAGUGCUCAGGUUGACUACGCCGAGUUCAAACUGGACACGGUCGAGGUUCAGCUGAAGCAGACUGAGCUCUUCCAGACAGAGAUAAGCACUUUCCGGAUGUCCAAUACAGGGAAUGUAGCCCUGAAAUACUGCUGGGAGGAGAAUCUGGAGGAGGAAAUACCAUCAAAGAGUUCUGGGAGGCCGUUCUCGUCCACUCAGACACGUGAUUUCUUGUCCUCUACUGCUGAGGAUCUCUGGGAAAGGAAUCGUGCAAGGCUGGUGCAGCAGGCAUUGCUGCUCGAGUCAACUCAGCCCCAGCCAACUCAGCCCCACCCAAGUCUGCGCCUUUCAAAGCAGCUGUGCCGCUCUUCGAAGGGCCUUAGCUCCUCCCCGGAAUUCUCUCCAAUUCCUGUCAAGGACCCACCACUGUUCUCCAUUGAGCCCCACUGCGGUACCAUCCCUGCUGGCCAGAAUCAGAUUUUCCGUGUGAAAUUCUUCCCAACGUGUGUGGGAGAAUUUAAGGCCGAAAUGCUGUGCAGACUUCUUAACCUGAAGCCAUCUCAGGAGAGCCCACGGGUGUUUGUGAUGGGGAAAGGCUGUUUGCUGAAGGCUGAUCUGAAAUGCUCUACAUCACUGCAAAAAGGUGAAACCCAGAGCAGCAAACCCAAGAAGAAGGUGCAGCGGUCAGCAAAACCAGAGUGACACCAUUUGUGUCAUGGCUUCUCCUGCUCGUGGUUUCCCAGCCUUCAGCAGAGACCUCCCCAGCUACUCUUCAAGCCCCAACACCCAUCUCUACCUCAUCUGUGUACUACCUAAUAAACUGUGUCUGAACCCA